UAUAAAAGAGUGGAGGGAGCGAAGAAUGAGGAACCUCCUGCCCGGCGAUUCCCCAGUCGUCGGUGGCGCUUGGACGGCGACUUGCCUUAUGAAGUCCAUUUGAGUUCGUGUGGGGGAGAUUUUACCCUUUUGGGGGGUUCGUCUUCGUUGAGUGCUUCACAUGCAAGGGAUGACUCUUUUAUGUUAGAGAAAUGCAACCUACGACUGUUGAAGCAUUCUUCUGAUGCAACAAAUAACCCUGGGAAGGCUUAUCAGUGGGAUUUUGGUAUCUUUGACCCAUUACAAAACCCUCCAUACUAUGGAAGUGGAGCUGACCAGGAAACUACCUUUUAUUCAAACUAUUGUGUUAGAGAAGUUCAUUCAGAUACAUCCAGAACUGCAUGUGAAGAGCAUAUGCCUGAAUCUGUUUUCACACAAAAUCUGUUUGGGCCAUAUACAAGAGAGUAUAACUCAGUGACUGAGGAUGGAUGGGAAGUUAACGAUGAAACUAGACCCUCUAGUUUAUGUUCUAGUCCUGGAGGCUACUCUUGUAGGAGAGAGUUUUCAAUGAAAAUAUCAGAUGAAUAUUCUGUUGUUGACGGAGAAGUUGGGAGAAGGUUAAAUCAGAUGCAUCCAAUCCCUCAUGUUCCUCGAAUAAAUGGAGAUAUUCCUUCUUUUGACGAAGCUACUUCUGAUCAUCAAAGGCUCCUAGAGAGGUUGCGACUGUAUGACUUAAUUGAACGCAAAGUCCAAGGAGAUGGUAACUGUCAGUUCCGAGCACUUUCUGACCAAUUAUAUCAAACAUCUGAACAUCAUGAGUUUGUCAGGCAGCAAGUUGUUGAACAGCUAAAAUCUCAUCCUGAGAUCUACGAUGGGUAUGUUCCAAUGACAUAUAGUGACUACCUCAAAAAGAUUUCACAAAGCGGCGAGUGGGGUGAUCACGUGACAUUACAAGCUGCUGCAGAUUCAUAUGGAGUUAAAAUUUUUGUCAUGACAUCAUUCAAGGAUACUUGCUAUAUUGAGAUUCUGCCCAGCAUCGAGAAAUCAAAGCGAGUCAUCUUCUUAAGCUUUUGGGCUGAGGUGCACUACAACUCAAUUUAUCUGGAAGAGCAAGAUCUCCCUACUGCAGACACAAAAAAGAAGAAAAGGUGGUGGCAGUUGGGAAACAAACAUUGAGGGCAUUGAUCAUUAUUCAGAGUUCCAGCUCAAAUUAGCGUAUGAUAUUGACUCAAGCAAAUUGUAUAUUAAACAAUAUCAAUUUAACUUUCUCUUCAAUCUUUCCAACUACAAGAAAUAUGUUAAAUAUAGAUGAAUAAUAAAUAUUUUCAUCUGAAGUAAUAAAUCAAGAGAGUUUUUAGGUCACA